CGAUAAUACUCGCCUGACGUGAUUAUAGACGGAGUCCAUCGGUGAUGCGGAUGAGACAAAAAGGGAUUUUAUGUGAAGGAUAGUAAAUUUCUAAAGGAUUAUAUACAUUCCAAGAUUAGGGGAUAAUCCUUCAAUAUGAGAUUAAAUGGAUAUAGUGCAGUACUGAAUGUAUUGCUCUUUUUCUUAUUUCAACAAGCGGUUGGUGCUAAAAAUUGUGAUCGACCUAGAAUAGCAAAUGGUCGGGCUAAAGUACGGGCUAGAGGCAAGAUGGUGUAUUACAGAUGUAGAAAAAAGUUUACAAGAGUUGGUGCCAAGUUUGCCGUUUGUUUAUCUCAAGGAGUUUGGAGUCAACCACCACCCAUAUGUAUAGGUAAAGGUUGUCCUAAUGUAACGCCUACCGACGGUCUUCAGAUAAUAGGUGAAUACAACGGCGCCAUGUUGAAAUUUACCUGUCCAGCGGGAAUGAAACGUAAAGGACCAGAAUCAAUUUAUUGUAAUGGACAAACGUGGAAUGUACAACCACCCACUUGUGUCGUGGGUAUAAGUUUAGAAUGUGAUUUUGAAGAUGAAGAGUUAUGCGGAUGGGGUCAAUCGGAUGAUGAUCAUUUUGAAUGGACCUGGCUUUCAGGUGCUACACCAACUGUGAACACUGGACCUUCACAUGAUCAUACUUUUGGUAACAAUUCAAAAGGUCAUUAUCUGUUUAUUGAGUCAUCAGCACCAAGAAAACCUUUUGAUAAAGCCAUACUAAAUUCACCUCUCUAUCAGGCAAAAUACAGUAAUAGCUGCUUUGAAUUUUGGUAUCAUAUGCAAGGCCCAGAUGAUGAAAAUGCUGUUGGAAGUUUGGAAGUUUUUGUUAAACCAGAAAGUAAAAUACUAGAUGAUAUAGAUCCGGAAUUUUAUAUGGAUGGUAAUCAAGGUCCGGAAUGGAAGCGGGGUUCAAUAACAAUAGAGCAACAAACAGAAGUAUUCCAGAUCAUUAUAAUCGCAACCCGUAAAGAAGCGUUUGUCAGUGAUAUCGGCCUUGAUGAUGUCAGAAUGUACAACUGCUCAGAAGAUGACAAUGAAUUUUUAACAACUGAUGAAGUAACUUCAGAAGCAGUACCAACAACUAUUACUACAACCACGUCAAAAAUAAUCACCCAAAAAACAAGCAUUCGUACGCCCACUUUUAAACAAUCUACCGCAACGACUACUGUAACAAAACCAAAAACAACACAGCCGAAGACUAAACCCACUAAAGCAACAUUGCCCACAACAACUACUGCAUUACCCAAAACUACCACUACUGUAUUACCCACCACAACUACCACUUUGCCUACGACGGUUACUACAAUGCCUACUACUACUACAUUGCCUACUACCACUACUUCUACUACUACUACUACAUUGCCUACAACGACUACAACAAUAACCACAAAAACAACCCGUAGAAGCACUACCACGCCGAAACCGAAAACAAGAAAGCGAACUACCACUCAAGGUAAAACAACCAAAACCAGAUCAACAACUGCGAAAACUUCAACAAAGCAACCAGAAACACCAAUGACGUCCGACAGUCAAACAACAGUACCAUCGACACUUUCCACUAACACAAUUUCCAAAUCAACCUUAAUGUCAAACGGCCUUUCAAAUACACCCACAACAUUAAAGCUGGCGAUGUAUACAACAACAACUAUAUCAACUGCAAAAGACAAACCGACAUUUACAAACAAUUCGUUCACAGGAAAUUCACAAGAUUUGCCAGAAACGGGUUCAGGAAACAUUGAAGGUGUUGUUGGUGGUGAUAAUAACAUGUCAUCAACAAGUAAUAGGUCGCUUAACAUUCCACCUGGGUCUCCUAUAAAAGAGAAAACUAAAGAUGGUUUGAUGCCUCUUAUAAUAGGAAUAUCAUGUGGUGUAGUUUUAGGACUUGUAGUUAUUGGUGUAGCAGUCUAUUUAUGGGCAAAACGACAGCAAAAUAAAACAACAGAGGAAUCGGAGGAAGAAAUGGCACCAAUUGCCUGUGCUGAAGGGGGAUAUUACAACCCUAGCUAAAAUGUUAUAUCCGUCUUCACAUUUCGGGUUACUUUAGAACAGUGGUGCAAGUUCAAAAUCUAAAGGCUGAAAGUAAACCUCCUCGCUGAAGGUAUUGAUACAACCGCUGAGCUUUCAAAGUGUAUGUUCAAAAAGUUGAGUUAAAAUUUAAGCUGAAACUUCCUGUGCUUGUGAUGAUAAUCAACUACGCAAUCGUAUAUUUCACAACGAAGAAUCUUGUCUUCCGUUUAAAGAUUAACAUUGUGAUAGUGGGAAUACAAACAAUCGGUGCUUAUAUUUCAUAUUGAAAUUAGCAUUACAAUGCCAAUAUAUUUAUUUUACUAGUGGAUAUUACAUGUUUUGCUUCAUAGAUGUGUUCUUAUGGCGCUUGUGUAACCUGUAACUAGCCCUUAAUUGAUAGAACAGUAGUUCGGCAUCUAAGAGUGCUGUACUAAAUCGGAAAUAUUGUGUUUACUACUUAAAGAAUUGCCGAAGGAAACACAUUUUGGCUGGCUACACUUCCAGCCCCCCCCCCCCUAUCAAAAUGAAUGUCAAUCCGAUAUGUUUACAUGCAAUUAAAGACUAAUUUUUGUGAUAAAAAUCUUAUGCCCAUAACUAAUUUAUAACAUUAGCAUUUACGCCCAUGAUUGACCCACAUGAACUCACCCUGUCAUUGCACUCAUCACAAAUAUCUAAUGAUUAACCAAUCAUAUUAACUGGAUUAUCACAUAAUUCACUUAUUAUAUAUUAUCUAUUGUUUACACAGGUGACAACAUAAUAUCGUUUAUCACAGUUUGCAUAAGUAUAGAUUUCAUUUAAUUCAUUCAAUAUGCUAAAAUGUUUUUUGAUGUUAGAAUCAGUUCACAUACUUUGUUACGCCUAUGUAUAUAAAUGUAGAUUUUUUAAAUUCAAAUGCACAUUAUUUAUAAUCAUGGUGGGGUUGUUUAUACGCUCCCACUGGUGUGCGCAUAUAAUGUCGUCACGUGUGUCUGCCGGUUGUUGGCCCGCCGAUCCUUCCUCCUAAAUUUCGUUUUUUGUAAAGUCUUUCGGCCAAUGCAUACAUUUCUUUUUCAUUUUGACAUGAUUUAACUGCACAGUUACAUCGCGAGUGUUCAAAUUCGAUUUAUGUUAAUUUGAAAGCAACUAUGUUGAGCCAUCUAUGAGAUAUAAACGUUAUUAUAACUCUCAAGUUAAAAUCAUACAAUAUUUUACUCUUAGUAGUCUGUCAUAGUUAAAAGGAUAAGCCAUUGCCUUUUAAAGAUACCGUCCCGCGUACAUACUAAAAACAUAUUCAAACUAAUUAAUCGAUCAAAAUUUUGCUUCGAAUUCUUCUCAAAACAUUGUAUUGGUGAUAGAAUACCCUUUCUAUAAAAAAAUAUAUUAAAAGACGCCAUGUUUGGCUUGGCUGACGAGGUACCUAGCAACGGGUGCGAAGCCGUAUGAGAAUUCAUUGCACAUACAAGACGAUGUUGUCUUUAAUUGCUGUCCAUUUAUCAUAAAUAUCGAAGCUUACUUAAUUCUCGGAUUUUCCACUGCCCACAUCUUUUACCGUGGUUUUUAUCUCAGAAACUGUUGUACGUUUAAGCUUAACAUCAAGUUGAUCAACAUAUCAAUCUUUGACGUCACUCGAGCGGGCAUCCCUAAUCGUCGGGUUGCCGGUUAGGGAAACCCUGUAUGCACCACAUGGGUGUUUUUCAGGUAAUCCAGUACUUUUCUAUUAAGAUUGGAUGUUUCUACUUUCCAUAUAUAUACCAAAAUUGCCAUACUUUUCUUGGAAAUAACCACCAGAUAAAUACUUUUGUGGGAAAGUAUCUUUAAACAUCUGUUUGGUAGCGUCCUUGACAUUGUGUUUAUUAGGUCCCCCGUCCUCAUUAGCCUAGUCGGUGCAGAACAGUGGGAGGUUAAACCCCAUUUCAGUUUGUUAGGUCGUAAGGAAAAUGCUAGAUAUCGAAUUGGCUUCUCGUUUAGAAUCUUCAAAAUUGUUUGACACUUGGUGGAUUAUAUAGGAAGACCAUUGUAAAGCUGAUCGGAAUUCACAACCUCACGCGCACAUAUGAAAUGCUUUAAGAUUUAGUGGUAUUGUCCUCUGAAAACUUAUGAACACGAUACAGGACAAGUGGAUUGACCAUUAACUCUUUAUAUUUAAAAUCGUCCCAAGUCGUGUAUACUCAUAGGCAGGACGCCGGAACGGUGGGGCUAUGGGUACAAAUGUCUCCCUGUCAAUAACAGAACGGUGCAAUUGCGCCGCUGGCCCUACAGUUUUACCAGUUGUCGUUUAAAAUGUAUUUCAGCACUAUAUCAGGGCCGAGAUGGUUCAGGCGAUCACUUAUUUAGAUGGAACCUAGAACAAUAUAGUUAUAUAGCACUAUAUCAGUUACAUUCCGAUUUGAUGAGGUUUACAAGUAAACCGGUCAUAAGACGUUAGUAUUCGUCGUUUUCUGCAAAAGCAAGACGGGAGAGAACACACACGCCCCUCCCAUUACCCCAUGUCCGGCGGACGUUGCUAUUUAGACCGUGGAUUUAUAUUAUAACUGCUUAAAGUUGAAACUUUUAAGGAUGCUUCACAUUUAUAGAAGAUUUUAAAGAAAACACAUUUCUUAUUUUAUGUAAUUAGCACAUAUUAUUUAUCAGUAUAUGUAAUGGAACAGAUUUAUUCAUACAGUUUCUUUUUGUAUAUGACUGGUAAUCGAUUUUUAAAAAUGUUAUGUAUAUUUCAUUAAAACUGAAAUGUUUAAA